AAUAUAAUAUCAUGGUGCGUGCUUCUUCAUCAACUCAUGCAAUGGCAGAGAAGAUUUCUUGGUAUUGUGCUUUGUUGAUGGCGCUAAUGCUAAUUUUAAGCUCCUGUGAAUCAAGUGAUAGUGACUUCAUAGUUAAAGUGAAGCCAAGGAAUAUCAUUAACAAGCGGUGCGAUGAAAUUUAUGUGGUGGGAGAAGGAGAGACUUUGCAUACUAUUAGUGAAAAAUGUGGGGAUCCUUACAUUGUUGAAGAGAAUCCACAUAUCCACGACCCAGAUGAUGUUUUUCCUGGCCUUGUAAUCAAGAUUACUCCUUUCAUCAAUACUUAGACUUCAAUUCUUGCUCUUA